CCCAGGGGGUUGGGUGGGGGCCAUCCGCGUCACGAGCUCCUGCGCGCGCCGGCGGGUGCCUCCCUGUAUGCCCCACAGGCACCGAGUGCUGACUGCUGAGCAUCCUGCCGGGGUCCCAAGAUACCGAGAGGCAGCAGGUAUAGGAUGCAAGCGCUAGAAGAUGUCAGGGGAAGUGCCCUUGCACGUCAACAUCAAGGAGCCGCGAUGGGACCAGAACACCUUCACAGGGAGAGCAAAACACUUCUUCACGGUGACAGAUCCCCGCAACCUUCUGCUCUCUAGCAAGACCCUGGAAGAGGCCCGGAGGGUGAUUGAGGAUUACAGGUCAGGGAAGGUGUCCCCAGGACUAACUGAGGACCAGCUAUGGCGGGCAAAAUACAUCUAUGAUUCAGCUUUCCACCCAGACACUGGCGAGAAGAUGAUUCUGAUUGGACGAAUGUCUGCCCAGGUGCCCAUGAACAUGACCAUCACUGGAUGCAUGCUCACCUUCUACAGGACAACCCCUGCUGUAUUAUUCUGGCAAUGGGUGAACCAGUCAUUCAACGCCAUUGUCAACUACACUAACCGGAGCGGGGAUGCUCCCAUCACUGUCACCCAGCUGGGCACUGCCUAUGUCAGUGCUACUACUGGAGCUGUGAUCACGGCACUGGGGCUCAAGUCCCUCACCAAGCAUCUGCCAUCGAUCAUCGGACGCUUUGUGCCUUUUGCAGCUGUGGCAGCUGCUAACUGUAUUAACAUACCAUUAAUGAGGCAGAGGGAGCUCAAGUUUGGUAUCCCCGUUACAGACGAGAAUGGGAAUCGGCUGGGUGAGUCAAAGGCGGCAGCUCAGCAAGCCAUCGUACAGGUGGUGGUGUCUCGAAUUGGCAUGGCUGCCCCUGCCAUGGCCAUCCCUCCCGUGAUCAUGAAUGCUCUGGAGAAGAGAGCAUUUUUGAAGCGGUACCCUUGGCUGAAUGCACCUCUGCAGGUUGGACUGGUGGGCCUGUGUUUGGUGUUUGCUACCCCCCUUUGCUGUGCUCUGUUCCCUCAGAAAAGUUCAAUGAUGGUGAGUCGCCUGGAACCUGAAGUCCAAGCUGUAAUCAGGGAGAACAACUCUGACAUUCAGGUUGUCUAUUUUAAUAAGGGGCUCUGAAAGAGACUUCCUCAAGCUGCCCUGGUUUGGAGCAAAAAGACAAGAAAGAAGAGGAACCAGGGAUCCGGUGCUCCUGAGGAGGAAUAUACACUUUGUAAUAGUACAAUCCCUUUUAUUAUGCUGCUUUCUUAUUGGCUGUCAAGUUAUGGCAGGUCCUAUGUAACCUUCCUGAGUUCAAGUGAACCCUAGGGGUAGAUAGUAAUGUGGCAAUGUGGCUGUCGCAGUUAUGUAUAUUCAUACUCUGAACAAAGCAGAAACAUUCCAGUUGUGACCCAGUUAGGUGUCAGGACCAGAGGAGUCCUUAAAGCAAAGCCAAAUCCCUACAUUAUGCAUAAUUCCACAAUGGUAUGUGGAAAGGUGUGUGUGUAUGUGUGUAUGUGUGUAUUUCAGUUCCCCAUGUGAUAAUACCCUAAGAAUGAUCAUCUUGAAAAGAAUUUUGGGACAAGAGAAUCUAUAGAAUGCCUUGAAUCUCUAUAUGGAAGGCAACUUGCUAUCAUGUUCAGUUGAAAUAUCAUGUAUUCAUUGCUAAAGAAGGUCAUGCUUCUAUAUAUGAGCAUUAUGUAUUUUUGCAGUAUGUACAUGCUUCAGAUAGUAUAAUGUUUUUGCUCCAAACAACCUUUAUUUUUACAAGCUAUUUUAAUACUUCGGCAGCAAACUUCUGAGUGAAUCACUUAUGAGAAUGACAGUACAUGCAGCCUUAAAAACACAAAAACCAUGAUGCUGGGUAAUCGUUAAUCAAAUAGGCAUGUGGGAAAGUAUCCUGUGUCAUUUAUGCAAGCUAGCGACUAACUAUAUUAAGAGAAGGUCUGGUAAACUAGAACCAGCUUAAAUUCAAACAGGCAGGUGAGUUUUCUAUCAGAAAACUACUAUUCAGAACUGAGCACAUGCUUAGAAGGGGAAGCAUCGUUCCGAUAUUACAGGGGUGGAAUCAUGGAGACACGUGAAAAUCAGGUGGUGGAAUCAUGCCCUUUCUCUGCCCCUUGGAAAUUAUAAAAUCUCAUGUAAAGCAGGAAGGGAUGUGCCUAUAUAUGCAGAGGCUUUAUCCCCUUAUGUUUUGCUUAAUUAUUUUAGCAUAACAAUAGCAACAUUUCAUUACUUAUUUGUACACAAGUGUGUCUUGGUUAAAAGAUAAGGUCCAGGGGCCGUUGACAGACAUAGUGUUCAAAUGGAGCAUCACUCUUGCCAGCUGAUUUUGUGACACUGUCUUCUAUUUAAUUGGGUCAGGCAAAGGGUGUGACAGCAGCACCCUCAAACCCAUGAUGCAUGAUGGUCUUGUUUCCAAACUGAGAAAGAAAUCUGUUUUCCUUAUCCUUUCCCCACCCCCUCAAUAUCUUUAUCAGUACCCAUGUUUCUUAGCACAUAUAUUGUUGCACCAAGUGAAUAUUUACUUGGGGAAACUUGUGCAAUAAGGAUGUUCCUUGUAUUCAUUUGUCAGGUAGAAAAUGUGUCACUUCUAAUUUAGAAAAUAAGUGACAAUCUUUGGUGCAUGUAGUUGUGGCUGAAUAUUGGUACACAUAAGUAUCUUUCAUCUAAUUUGUACCUGUGCUUUACCAGAAGAGUUGAGACAACUUUAUGGUUGUAUAUGGGAAGCCAUGUCUGCAUAGAAACUCCUGGGUUGCUGGUUUGAUGCUUUACUGCUAAACCAGGAUUCACUAGCAGUGUACAUCAACCAAAGAUUUGGUUUAGAUCCCAGUUCAUUGUUUGGAAAUUAGCCCAAUUUGGUAUGACAGUUUGGAGACUGCUUCUUUGCCUUGGCACCAUAUCAGUACACUGAUCUGGGAAAAAUGAAAGUUUGUGUCUUCCCAUUGACUAUCAUGAGGAAAUCAACAAAUUGCUAUAAUUUUAUUUUUAACAGAAUUGAGUGAAAUUUGCAGGCAUAGCAACCCCUUCUAAGUGGACGAGGCCUGCCAAAUGCCAGGCAAAUAGAUGCAGGGAUUUUUUGUGUGUGCACUGGACUCCCUUCAGCCCCUUCCCACUCUGACAUUAUAUGGAAAGCUUGGGGAGAGAUGUUGCCAUUUUUGCAGACACACUGCUGGCAGUUCUGUUUUGGCUCUAAAUCUCUGAAUCGCUCUCAAGGCUCUGGGAGGACCAGAUUCAGUUUGGAGCAAUUCAGAGGUAGCCUGCUUCACUUUGGAGAAGCCAUGAGUCUUUGUGAAUCAGCACUCGGUACCCAAUGGAGGUAAUAUGUAGGCAGCGAGAUUUCUGCAGUAUUCCUCUGUAUUGGCUAUGGCAUUGUAAUCCCCAAAUCCUUCUGUCUGCCAUGUAGACUUAAUGGAUCAAUGCAAAGAUCAGUAGAUUUGCAUGUAGUGAUCAGAUGCACUGAAUCAGCGCCUCUUUACACAAUGAGAGUUAUUGGGUGGAUAUGCCCCAUGAUACCCACUUAAGUGUUUAUAAAAAUCAAAGGCCAAAGAGAGGAAAAAGUGAAUUCUCUUUGCUGAUUGUUUAAAGGAUAACAUGCUCUACAUCAGUGUACAUGCCUCUAACCCAUGCCUCUCUAUAUGCUGCAAAUCUAGCAUCAAAUAUCAUUUGGUUUGAAAGUUUAGUUGAAGGUCAUUUUUGCCACUGACUUCAUCAUCAUCAGGGUUCCUAGGAAUUAUUUGACUUAAGCACCACAUACUCACACUAAAAGCUAAAUUGGAACUGAUGUGCAUUAUGACACAUGAUGUUUGCUUGCAAAAUGGCAUAAAGAAUGUUACUGGCCAGAACUGCCAUCUAUAAAGGUGGCUGAAGGUCAGCGGCUUAAUCCACUUUUCUGUACUUUUCAUCCCCGGAGCAAAUCAUUUAUUUUAAUCUGAGCAAAACUGCCUGGGUUUGUUUGCUUGGUUCCUUUAUAAAUGUCAUUUUUGCUGGAGCCUCAGAGUGCCAUCAGAGGUUGGUAUACAUGCUCUUUAUCGCACUCUUAAUGAGACUUCAUGUGAACCAAUUCUUACAAGCUUAAAAUGGAUUGAGUCAUUUUUUUUCUUUUACUGUGUUGGGUUAUAUUUCAGGCUUAUUUUACCAAACUUAAAACUAUGUUUUCCCACAGGAAUCCACACUGAUUCCAUGUCAUACCUCCUGUAUAGCUUUAAAUAAAGCAACUGUUUCCAAAUAA